UCCGUCAGUGUGCGCGAGGACGCCGCGUGAACCUGCCGCGCGAGGACGGGAGGGCUGAGCGGAGGGCCGGGGGACGACGUAUUUAACGGAGCGUUUCUUACUGUCGGCGUCACACUCGGCGGUAUAUGGAAACCAACUCUCUGGCUAUGAGCCCCGUGGACGGAGGCACGGGCCGCAAGCCCACCACCGUGUGCAUCUUCGGCACGGGCGACUUCGGGCGCUCCCUGGGCCUGCGGCUGCUGCAGGCCGGCUACGCCGUGGUCUUCGGGAGCCGCCGACCCCACAACUCGAGCUUGCUGCCCCGGGGGGCCCAGGCGCUGAGUCACGCGGAGGCGGCGCGGACCUCCGAGGUGAUCUUCCUCGCCGUCCACCGGGAAAACUACGACUUCCUGGGGACGCUGUCCGAAGAGCUGGUCGGCAAGGUCCUGGUGGACGUCAGCAACAACCCGAGGCUCAACCAGUACCCCGAGUCCAACGCCGAGUACCUCGGGAAACUCGUUCCGGGCGCCUCUGUGGUGAAGGCCUUCAACACGGUGUCGGCGUGGGCUCUGCAGUCAGGGGGCCUGGACGCCAACCGGCAGGUCCUGAUCUGCGGAGACGAUAGUGAGUCCAAAGAGGUAGUGGUGGACAUCGCCCACAGCCUGGGCCUUACCGCUUUGGACAAAGGCUCCCUGCGGGCAGCCGGCGAGAUCGAGGACUUUCCCCUGCAGCUAUUCCCGUUGUGGAGGCUGCCCUUGGCCAUCGGCGCCGGCCUCCUCGCCGCCGUCUUCACCUACGUGGUCGUGCUGGACGUGAUCUUCACCCGCGUCACCACCGGAAAGGAUAAUUCAUUCCGGAUCAUGAUUUCCCUGGCCAACAAGGUGUUCCCUAUCAUCUCACUAACAAUGCUGGCCCUCUGCUACCUGCCGGGUGUCAUGGCCGCCUUCCUGCAGCUCUACAACGGCACCAAGUACAAGCGCUUCCCAGACUGGCUGGACCGCUGGAUGCUGUGCAGGAAACAGCUGGGCCUCUUGGCCCUGGCGUUCGCCUUCCUCCACGUCCUCUACACCCUGGUCAUCCCCUUCAGGUACUUCGUGAGAUACAAGGUUGUCACAUGGACCAUUUCGGAGAUGAAAGCGAACCAAAGUAAAUUUGACAACACCGUGGCCUGGUACACGGACUCCUACAUUUCGCUCGGGAUUCUCGGCUUCGCUUUUUACGUCCUGCUGGGAAUCACCUCUCUGCCUUCCGUCAGCAACGCCGUCAACUGGCGCGAAUUCCGAUUUGUGCAGUCCAAGCUGGGCCACCUGACUCUCCUCCUGUGCACGGUGCACACCAUCCUCUAUGGCUGGAACAGGUUCCUGCGGGCUUCAGCCUACCGCUGGUACCUGCCGCCGGCCUACAUGCUGUCUCUGGUGGUGCCCUGUGUGGUCCUGGUGCUGAAGCUGGUGCUCAUCACCCCGUGCGUGGACCGCGUUGUGAUGCGGAUACGGCAGGGCUGGGAGAGGAAGCCGCCCCCCGACGUGGCCCCGUCCAAGAGCAAUCCCAGCCAGCAGCCCCUCAUACUCUGAAGGUGGCAGAGGAGUUCGAGGGACAGCCUAUAAGAGGGGACCUUUAUUAUCACCCUGGAUGGAACAUGCUGGAACAUCCAAGUUGCUAAAGAUGUCAAACACACAUGUCACAUAGCACGUCUCCCGCAAUCCAUUCCGUUUCUCACCUUUGCGGGUAGUUUUGUUAUUUUUGCACGUUGUCUGUUUUUUCUGUUUCUUUUUACCAGACUGAGGAAACUGGUAGAGAUAUUAAACUUUAUGUUUGGUGGAGCCAAAGAAACAUAAAAAAUAUCAUUUUAUAGGAUUUCUUGCAUGGCUGCAGCAGACUCGUUCAAUUGUUCUUAAAGAAUACAUAUUUUCAUUUUGGUGCAGAUAGAACCGUACCUGUUUCUCUCCCUAGGGCAGCCAGGAUCAUUGUGGGUCACGACCUAAACUUGCAACAGGGAGGUGUUGUGUUCAGGUCGCAGCUGCUGGAUCCUUAAGGAAGGCACUUAACCCAAGUCUUUUUCAAACGAACAGGUCAAGGGCGAUAGAGUGCAGACCUCCAAGGGGCGUAACUUUGGCUGAAAACAUCAGUGUACAAAACAUUUUAUAUAUUGUAGAAACGACACAACAAUAACAUCAGUAUUAAAAGUAACAAUCAUUGCUGUUUAUUAUUUUUAUAUAUACAUACACUGUCCUGUAGUUAUAUUCUCUGAAAGGCAUUUCUCUCAUAUUGAAUAAACUGAUUUUGCAUUUUUAAAACUGCCAAAUUUUUUGCUACGCUGAAAAUAAUUCGUUUCAUGCGGAAUGCGAGUCCUGCAGACCACCUGAAGAUGACCGCAGUAAUUUCACCGAACUCAUCAUUUGUGUCACAACGGUUAACGAAUAAUCUGCGAGAUUCAAUAAAGACAGAAGCUAUACGAUAA